AUGUUUUUCUUAAAAGAUCUAUCAUUAAAUAUAACAUUACAUCCAUCAUUUUUCGGACCACAAAUGGAUCAAUACCUUAGAGACAAAUUACUAAGUGACGUGGAAGGAACAUGUACAGGUCAAUUUGGAUAUAUAGUGUGUGUCCUAGAUUCAAUGAAUAUAGAUGUUGGGAAAGGUAGAAUAAUACCAACUUCUGGUAUGGCAGAAUUUGAAGUUAAAUAUAGAGCAGUAGUUUGGAAACCUUUUAAAGGUGAGGUAGUUGAUGCAGUAGUUACAACAGUAAAUAAAAUGGGUUUUUUUGCAGAUGUUGGGCCAUUAUCAGUAUUUGUAAGUACUCAUCUAAUACCAAGUGAUAUGAAAUUUAAUCCAUCAGCGAAUCCUCCUGCUUAUUCAAGUGCAGAUGAAAAUAUAGAGAAAGGUUCAAAAGUAAGAUUGAAGAUAGUAGGUACAAGAACUGAUGUAAAUGAGAUAUACGCAAUUGGAAGUAUUAAAGAAGAUUAUUUGGGUCCAAGUCCUAUGUAA